GAGAACACUCUGACGAUCCUCUGGUCGCUAUGCACAGCUGUGUUUGUCUGUGGAGGCAUGAUAGGUUCCUUCGUUGUUGGUUGGCUAGCUGAUAAGCUGGGCAGGAGAUUCACUCUGAUGUUGAAUGCCGGGCCAGCCAUCUCGGGGGCACUGAUUAGUUUCGGCUGCGUGUAUGCUGGGUCGCCUGCUCUUCUGCUCGUUGGACGGUUCAUCACUGGCCUCAGCUGCGGUCUGUUUAGUUUUGAGAGCCCUUCAAUAAUAAAAUAUUUUUAUAUGUCCGGCUCCAUGGGUACCUUGUCUGCAAUGUUCAUUUCAGUUGGCACCGUUGUGAGUAGUUUUCUUGGAAUGAAAAUUUUUCUUGGGAUUGAAAACAAAUGGCCAAUAUUGCUGAUUCUGAAUGCAGUACCUGGUUUGGUCAGUUUGUUCACCUUCCCUUUCCUACCUGACAGUCCAAGGUUCUUAAUGGCAGCUAAAAAGGACAAAAACAAAGCCAAAGAAGCUUUGAAAUGGCUUCGUCGACGAGAAGACAUUACGAAUGAAAUCGAAGAGAUGGAGAAAGAAUCAAGAAACCAAGGUGAAGAGUGCAGCCUAUCGAAAAUGUUCCGAGCUCGAGAACUUUUUGUUCCAUUAAUCAUAUGUUUGGCACUUCAAAUAAUUAAAUCUUUUUCCGGCAUAACUGCCAUCCUGUUCUACUCUGCAAGCAUAUACUUAAACGCUGGAGUUGCAGUCGAUGUUGUUCAAUAUGCCAAUUUGGGAACAUCAUUUGUCACCGUCGUCACUGGAAUUGUUAUGAUACCCUUGAUGGACAGACUGGGUAGAAGAAUUUUGUUACUAGGGCCGAUGCUUGGCAUGAUUCUCACGCUGAUCGUCCUCACUGUGGCGCUCAAUUUGAAGUCGAGAUAUCCUUUCAUGAACUACCUGAGCAUCGCCUGCAUCAUCAUCUACGUCGUUCUGUUCGCCUGCGGACUGGCCUCCAUUCCGAGCAUGAUCCCAGUCGAGGUCUUCAGACAGGGUCCAAGGGCCAGAGCAAUGAGUUUGGCCGGGUUGGCCAGCUGGAUAUCGAAUGCUAUUGUGGCUAUGUGUUUUGAGAUUGUUCAAGCAGCCACUAAAGAAUUCAUCUUCCUCAUCUUUAUCGUCAUCAUGAUUGCUUCUACAAUUUUUGUCUACUUGAAAGUUCCCGAGACAAAAAAUAAGACAUUCGAUGAAAUUGCAAGUCAGUUUAAAAGUGCAUCCAGAGAAAGUAAUGGUGAGAUAAGAACAGUUGUUGCCUGA